AUGGCGUCUGGGAUCGGAUUGACAACCCCCCUUUUUCAUCCCUUCCUCUUCCUCUUCCAGGUCCUCCAGUGGCUUGCCGACAAGAUCUUCUCCCCCACGCCCCCGGGGCCGAGCACCCACUUGACUAGGCCUAAGAUUGCCAUUAUUGGCACCGGCAUCACAGGCGUAACCGCGGCAGCUCAUUGCAUCGGCCAUGGGUUCGACGUAAUAAUAUUCGAGGCCGGCGACAAGCACGGCGUGGGAGGAAUAUGGAGUAAGGUCAACAAUACCUCAGCCCUGCAGAUCCACUCCCUCAUGUAUAGGUUCCACCCCUCGGUAAAGUGGAACGGUGGCUACCCGGACCGACAACAGAUCAUAAGCCAGGUGAGACAGCUGUGGAAGCGGUACGGCCUGGACACGCGCACCAAAUUCAACACGAGGGUCAACGAGGUCUAUCCUGACGAGAAGGGCCGCUGGAUCAUCAACAACACAUCCAAUGGUAGAUUUGAGGGCGUCAUAGCUGCCGUGGGGACCUGCGGCGACCCUAAGAUGAUUCGUAUCGAGGGCAUGGACAAGUUCAAGAAGCCAAUCUGCCAUUCCAGUAACCUAUCCGGAGUGGAGGCCAAAAAUAAGAGUAUGAUCAUCGUAGGAGGCGGCGCAUCGGCUGUCGAGGCCCUGGAAUAUGCUUCCCAAGAGGGAGCGUCUAAGAUAUACAUUCUCUCGCGUAGCGACAAAUGGAUAAUCCCACGAAAUUGGGUUGUCGAUAUGCUAUUUUCUCUGAACAUUUGGGGACAGGAGACGGCCCUGUCCGUGAUCCCGGAGAAGCUGCUGAGAACGUUCUUCUACCGAGACCUCGAAGAGAUCGCGCCAGCGGGUAAGGGGCUUUUCGUGGACACGCCAAUGGUCAACUCAGACGUCAUGGACAAGCUUCGCUCCGGGGAGGCCGAAUGGAUACGAUGCGAUAUCGAGAGGUUCACCGACACAGGCGUGUUAGUUAACAAGAGAGAUAGGGGGGUGCCGAAAGGGGGGCCGGGCCGUCAUAUAAUGAUUGAAGGCGACAUAGUGGUGAUGGCGACCGGUUACAAGCGGCCGUCGCUAGACUUUCUCCCGAAGGAGUGCUUCAACGAGCCGUACGGUCCGCCAAACUGGUAUCUCCAAACAUUCCCGCCCCAGCACCCUUCCAUUUCGGCGAUUAACUGCACAUAUCUGUCGGCUAUCGGAACGGUUGGGAACUGGCAUAUUGGCAUCUACACACGGAUUCUCCUCAUGUUUCUCGUGGACCCGCUGACAAGGCCUUCGACGUUCUGGAUGGAGCGUUGGAUCGACAUGACCAAGGUGCUGAAGGCCACGGCCCCGACCGGCGCCUUCGACUUUUUCACAUACCUCGAAUUGCUCUGGUGGUUCUUCUUCUGCAUUGCUAUCAAUCCGUUCCGCUGGAAGUGGGCGUUCUUUGUCUUCUUCGGACUGGGAUUCGCACUCCCUAGGCAGCUGGUGAUAGCUGAGGACCAGGUUCGAAAUGGUGUAGGGACUCAAAGGUCGGACCAAGGCAGUCGUGACAUCGGUGCAAGUUUCUAG